UCCUCCGUGAGGCGAUAACAUGAGCACGCCCAUUCUCCAUUCAGCCUUUGCCCGGCUCUGCCGUCAGCGGAGGCGGGAUGAACCGGAGACCGCGGCCUAUGCCGAGCAGAUUUAUGGUCUGCAUUAUGUCUGGAGCCCGUACCACGCCUGCUGUCUUCCUCCUCUGCUGUUGUGCGCUUGCGCUGGGCCUCGGCUCAGGCUCCCUGGAGCACCGCGAGGCCAAGCACUACAUUGCUGCAGUGUAUGAGCACCGGUCGGUCCUGAGCCCAAACCCUCUGGAGCUCACCAGCCGCCAAGAGGCCCUGGAGCUCAUGAAGCAGAACCUCGACAUCUAUGAACAGCAAGUGAUGGCUGCAGCCCAGAAGGGUGUGCAGAUUAUAGUGUUCCCAGAAGAUGGCAUCCAUGGGUUCAACUUCACAAGAACAUCCAUUUACCCAUUCUUGGACUUCAUGCCAUCUCCCAGGCUGGUCAGGUGGAACCCCUGUCUGGAGCCCUUUCGGUUCAAUGACACGGAGGUCCUCCAGCGCCUGAGUUGUAUGGCCAUCAAGGGACAGAUGUUCUUGGUGGCCAAUCUUGGAACAAAACAGCCUUGCCUUCGCAGUGACCCCAGGUGCCCAGAUGACGGGAGAUACCAGUUUAAUACAGAUGUGGUGUUCAGCCACAAUGGAACCCUUGUUGCUCGCUACCGUAAGCACAAUCUGUACUUUGAGGCGGCUUUUGAUACCCCUGCUCAUGCGGACCUCGUCACCUUUGAUACCCCCUUUGCGGGCCAGUUUGGCAUGUUCACUUGCUUUGACAUCCUGUUCUUUGAGCCUGCCAUCCAACUCCUCAGAGACUCCAAGGUGAAGCACAUUGUGUACCCCACGGCCUGGAUGAACCAGCUGCCGCUCUUGGCAGCCAUUGAAAUCCAGAAAGCAUUCGCCACUGCCUUUGGUGUCAGUGUUCUGGCAGCUAACAUCCACCACCCGACUCUGGGGAUGACUGGCAGUGGCAUCCACACCCCUCUGAAGUCCUUUUGGUACCAUGACAUGGACAACCCCGAAGGCCACCUUAUAAUUGCCCAGGUAGCCACAAACCCCCUGGGACUUGUUGGGAUAGAGAAUGCAACUAGUGAAACGGACCCAUCCCAUAGUAAGUUCUUAAAAAUCCUGGCCGGUGACCUGUCCUGUGAGAAGGAUGCCCAGGAAGUGCACUGUGAGGAGGCUGCCAAGUGGGACAUGAACGCACCACCUACUUUCCACUCAGAGAUGAUGUACGACAACUUCACCCUGGUGCCUGUCUGGGGAAAGGAAGGCUAUGUCCAGGCCUGCUCCAACGGUCUCUGCUGUCACUUACUCUACGAGAGGCCCACCCUGUCCGAAGAGCUGUACGCCCUGGGUGUCUUUGAUGGGCUCCACACGGUACAUGGCACUUACUACAUUCAAGUCUGUGCCCUGGUCAAGUGUGGGGGCCUCGGCUUUGACACUUGUGGGCAGGAGAUCUCAGAGGCACAAGGCCUGUUUGACUUUCACCUGUGGGGGAACUUCAGCACUUCCUAUAUCUUUCCUCUGUUUCUCACCUCAGGGAUGACUCUGGAUACCCCUGACCAGCUCGGGUGGGAAAAUGACCACUAUUUCUUGAGGAAGAGUGGACUGUCCUCUGGUUUGGUGACAGCAGCUCUCUAUGGGCGGUUGUAUGAGAGGGACUAGAAAAAGUGUGUGGUCAGUGGAGCAGGCUGUGCCAGCGUGCCUUUCCACAGGACCGUCUCUACCCAGAGGGUGGAAAGGGACUUCCGUGGCACAGGGUCCCACCCUCAGUCCCACCCUGGGAACUGUAAGAAGAUGGGAGAGGCAGUUCCUUCUUCCUUUCUACAUAAUGACAGACAUUUUGUGGUAUUUUCUAUUCACACUCUUUUUCAAACCACACCUUCUUCCUACUAUGCAAUUAGUUUCAAAUGCUAAAAUAACAAAUAGACAUAAGUUGCUACUUUACAAUC